AUGAGAUUGACAGUUGAGCAAGAUUUGGAACCCGCUGAGCUGAAGUUAUCAGGGGAGUUGCCUGGAAUUUUGGCAGAGCAUGCACAACCAGCUAAUAAGAAAAUAUUCCCAACAUGGGAAAAGUUCUUAGAGAUGUUCCUCUGUCAAGGUGGUGUGGUGGAAGCGUACCCUCCCUCAGACAGUGUGACCAAUCUUACCAUCGACAUGCUCAUAGAACCAACAGGAGAGGUAUCGAUGGUUUCUUGUGGGGAUCAGAUCCAUUCCAAAAGCCCACUGGAAUGUUGGGGCACCACCGUGCCACAAUGCUCUGUGGAUCCAGGCAACCUACACUCAGUGUGUGUAAAGAUCGCUGAGGCCUGUAAAUGCAGAGGAAUCAUAGGCUUCUUCUCAAUUGACCUGGCGACCUUCAUACAUCCACUUACAAUGGAGCAGCAGGUCUGGGCCACAGACUUAGACCUGGCCUACAGUGACCAGCUGGCUAUGACACAACUGAUGCUCUUCAUAUCAAAUGGGAAGCUGAUUUGCAAAACCAGUACCUUUGAGGUGUCUCCCAAGCCCAGGGAGAAAAAGCAAACAUCACACAGGAAAGAAUCGGUGAUGAAAGAAAGAGCACAAAUUCAACUUCCUUUUAUGAAACGUUACGGAGUGUUAAGCACACAGCUGAAACAUACCAAUUUAUCCAUCGUCCACUACAGUGUACUCUUCAAGAUUUUUAAAGUUCAUGGAAUCGGUUUUGAUAUUAAGGAAAGACAAGGGACAGUAUUUAUACUUCAUGAAGAUAAUAAGAAGGAUCGCUUGGGGAUGGUAACAAUCGGGGAAGAUCUCCAGGGGGCUCUGCUGACCUUUGCUCAUAAUCUCUCUGUCAUUCAUCAGGAAAUAACAGCACCUAAUAUGCAAUUGGAGAACAAUUUUCAGGCAGCGAUCAAAGACAUUGAGUUAAUCCUCGGAGUUACAAUAGUGAACAAGUCCUACAUUAAAGAAGAUCACCCAACCACUGCAUUAGAGGCUCUGACUUGAAGAUCCUAAUUCAGAGAAACUGUAGCUAUUCACCAAUGUUCAGGACUACUUAAGCUCCAAUUCUAACUGUGUUGCACUGGAAUCCUGGCCUACUGUCAAUGAUUCCAAAAAAACAUGCAAUAUUCUUCAAUCAUUUUAAGAAUAUGGUUGGACCUAUGGAAGCAUGGAAGGAGUCCAAGAACAUCUGUUCUUCACAACAUGAUAUUCUGAAAAUGAUAGAAAUUAGCUCAAAGUCACAAUUAAAAUGUUCAAGAUGAGCUAAAAAGGACAUAUUUUCCAUGUUAGUGAUAUAAAUACUUGAUGGAUUUCUUUUAAUUCUAUUUUUCCAUCCUUUAAGUUUUUCUAUUGUUCGCUGUUGGCCUUGGACAUUGUUUGAAAAUCGGGAAAUCUAUUUACAGGACCCUGCAUAUGUCACUUUGUAGCCAGUAGGAGGUGCACAAAAUCAACCCAAAACAAUUCACUUGCGAUCAAAAGGGGCAAAGUAAUUCUUUUUUCAUGUGUAAGCCCUUUAGCUGCCCAGCCAACUAUUAUUGACAGAUCUGCGUCUUAUUUAAUUAGCAUUACCAGUGUUAUUCCUGAACAUCUUUAGGGUUUCAGUACAAUCACAAUACAAGAGGGAAAUUCAUUUUUUCAUUCUUCCAUUUGCCUGGAAGCAUAUAAAGAAUGUGGUCUGGAUUGAGCAUACAGCAGAAUGUGUUCUAGAUCAUUUCUGGGAUUUUAAAAAGUAUGUCGCAUGUUAUCUCACUGUUAUAAAUA